AUGGUAUGUCUAGAUGUUCAAAUAAGAUGGAAUUCUACGUACUUAAUGUUGAGAUCCGCUGAGAAAUAUGAAAAAGCUUUUGCCCUACUUGAGGAGGAUGAGGAUAAGUAUUUUGUUGCUCCUAGCUCUAUUGAGUGGAAAACUGCUAGGCUAUUUGUGAGUGAUAAUCCUAUCCUUAGUUCAGUGAGUUUUGAUAUGAAAAUAAAGUAUGAUAAGUAUUGGGAGACUGCAGAGAUGAUUAACUUAUUGUUGUAUGUGGCAUUUGUUCUUGACCCACGUUACAAGAUGAAGGGGUUAGUAUUUUGGUUGAAAAGAUGCAAUGAUGCUGAUUGGGCGAAAUUUAUCUAUGACAGUGUGGACGCCCUUUUGAACCGUUUGUGGGAUCAAUACAAUUUGUUUCAUGGGGAGGAUGGGUUAUCUAACUCUGAUGUAGGUAUGCAAAGUUCAAUUCCUACUUUUUCAAAUGUUGAUGAUGAAGACUUGGAGGAUCAAGCUGUGCAAUAUUUGAAGGUGUUCUCCCAACACCAAGAAGAGACCGACUCGGAGUGUAAGUCGGAGGUGGAACGAUAUUUGUCUGAUCGGUGUGAAGCAGCAACCCAAGAUUUUAAUAUCUUACUUUGGUGGAAGGUUAAUGCACCCAAAUAUCCUAUUAUCGCAGAGGUAACCCGUGAUGCAUUAGCUAUUCUUAUUUUCACUGUUGCAUCUGAAUCUGCCUUCAGCAUUGGAGGACGUAUAUUAGAUUCAUUUAGGAGUUCAUUAUCUCCACUUACAGUUGAGGCCUUGAUUUGCACACAAGACUGGUUAAAGGGCUGCCCAAAUAACAUUGAGGAGCUGCAAAAGUUUAUGGGAAUGGAAAGCUAUGAUGAGCCUGGUAACUAA